UCACGGAUCUCACAAUUUCCAAUUCGCCAAAUUCAAACUCCAAUCCAAAUCUCCAGAUCUUGAUCACCAUGACCACCGCCGUCGCCACAACCGCUCAGGCCGGCCGAGGCAAGCCCAAGGCCACCAAAUCCGUCUCCAGGUCAUCCAAGGCCGGCCUCCAAUUCCCAGUCGGCCGAGUCGCCCGCUUCCUCAAGAAGGGCCGCUACGCCCAGCGCGUUGGCGGUGGCUCCCCCGUCUACCUCUCCGCCGUCCUCGAGUACCUAGCUGCUGAGGUUUUGGAGCUGGCUGGAAACGCUGCCAGGGACAACAAGAAGAAUCGGAUCACUCCGAGGCAUAUCCAGCUUGCGGUGAGGAAUGACGAGGAGUUCACCAAGCUUUUGGGGUCUGUGACGAUUGCCAAUGGAGGUGUUCUUCCCAACAUUCAUCAGAACUUGCUGCCCAAGAAGAAUGCGAAAGGGAAGGGCGAGAUUGGGUCUAUGUCUCAGGAAUUCUAGAUGGGUUUGGUUUUGUUGGUAGGGAAGAAGAAAGAGUAGGCUGAAAUCCUCGGUAGAUUAGAUCUCUGGUUUUGUAAAUCUGUGGGUAUGGAAAAGUUUGCAAUGCUGUAAUGGGUUUCUUAACUUUCUUUUGGUUAAAUGAAAGUAUCCGUUUCUGGAUGUGGCUUUGUUUC